AGAGGCUGUUUGUUUAGACACAUGAGAAGUCCCUAGGGAGAAGCGUCAUCAAUAGGCGAGCUAGGAGCAAUGGCGGCGUCCAUGUAUUUUCGCGUUUUCACCCUGUUUUUCGCCGUCUUGGUGCUAGCGCUGUUUGCCGGCUGUGAAGGGCGAAGUGUGGACCUCAGUAAUCAGGAUGAGUUAGAAGCUGAGCGUGUUCGACGACAAGCUGUCACCAACAGUGCAGCAACCUCAGCGGCGCCCCCUGCACAACCCAAGGGGAAGGACAGGACGGUUUUCCAGGUGAUCUUUGCGCGCGGCUACGGCGGUCCCUUCUUCGGUGUCGUGAUCUGGUGCAUCAUCGUCGUCAUCGCCUUCAUCGCCGCGUACGUCGUCUACCAGAAGGUGAUACGGAAGCCGGAGGAUGAGGAAGCCAGAAGGCAGAGGCUGGCCGUGGCCUACUAGUCAAACACUCGUCACAUGUUCAACACGUACUCUCUCUUCUGUAUCUGCACGUGUUUAGGACAAACCUUAGGGGAGGGGGUACUGGAACUAGUUUGAUACUGCCUCCUCUUUGGCCAAAACUUGCUAGCCCAACGAUCAACACAUGUUCAACAUAUACUCUCUCUUCUGUACCUGCACGUGUUUAGGACAAACCUUAGGGGAAGGGGGGAGGGGGGUACUGGAACUAGUAUGAUACUGUCGAGGGCCUGCAUGGAGGGUUAGUGGUUACAAAUUAUGCAAAAUUUUCCCUGACAAUUAUGAAUUACAUUAAAUUCUUAGAGCUGAAUGCAAAUUACGUUACUAGUAAACCAUGGAGUAUGGAUUAUGUUAUACGUUGCACAAAGGUAACUGCGUACGCUUUGCCUAGAAUGAAAAUGACCAAUUAUGGAUUAUGGCUAAUGUACUGAUUAUGAAUUAUGUUGAUUUGGGGUGACUGCCUACAAAUACUUCAAAGGCCUGAUUACGCCCUACAAAAAAGGCAUGCAGGCCCUCAUGGUCUCCUAUUGGCCAAUGCUAGCCCAACAUUUAGCACAUGUUGUCUGUAGCAUGUGUAUAGAUACUACAAAGAAAAAAAAAGAACUAUGGAUGGGGUACAGAAACUAGUUAAACAGUAUCUUCAAAAAGAAA